AUGAUUGGGACAUCUCAACUCACAAUACCUCGAUUAAUUUCAAGGCUAAACAAUGAUAUAGUGAGGAGAAGUCUUACUUCGAGAAUAAGUUUUAUUAAUUUUUCACACAAUUUUCAUGUACAUAGGGUGGAAAAUAAUAGACCACAAACAUUAUAUUUCAAUGCUAAAAGGCUACCUUGGAACUUCCAGAGGUAUAAUUCAACGUCUUCUACAACCACCAACAUACAAAGGUCAGGAAAUCUGACUCGUAAUGUCAAAACAAAUACAUUAACAAAGGAUAUAAGCAAGUUAUUUCGAUUAGCAAAGCCUGAAGUUAAGAUAAUAAUCGCGGCAUUGCUAUGCCUUAUUUUGACCUCGGCAGUUAGCAUGUCCUUACCGUUAUUUAUUGGGAAGAUUAUUGAUACAGCAAAAUCUCCAGAUUCCAGAAUUACCGAUGCGGAUUCCGAAAAAGGCGAUAAUGAUGAUGAUAAUGAUAAAAAGAUUUUUGGCUUAGAACCAUAUGAAUUCUAUGGAGCUCUUGGUGUUUUUUUUUCUAUAGGAGCAGUGGCUAAUUUCGGACGUACCUACUUAUUACGGUCAGCGGGUGAAAGAUUGGUUGCACGGCUAAGAUCACGGCUAUUUCUGAAAAUUUUAUCGCAAGAUUCAUACUUUUUUGAGGGUGGACCUAGUAAUAAUGGAAUGAAAACGGGUGAUUUGAUAUCAAGAUUGUCGAGCGAUACACAAAUAAUUUCCAAAACUUUGAGUGGCAAUAUAUCGGAUGGGGCAAGAUCGUUAAUUAGUGGUUGUGUUGGGCUCUCAAUGAUGUGCGUUGUACUGUGGAAACUUACACUUUGUAUGAGUUCAAUAUUUCCUCCUUUAAUUAUAAUGUCGGUAGUCUAUGGUAGACGAAUUAAACUGUUGUCCCGUACAAUUCAAGAAAAUCUAGGGGAUAUGACCAAAGUUACGGAGGAAAAAUUGAAUGGAUUGAAAACUAUUCAAAGUUUUGCUCAGCAACGAAUGAUUGUUCAUGGUUAUAAUCAAGAAAUUAAAAAUAUUUUCAGUUCAUCGAUGCGUGAAGGAAAAUUGAGUGGUAUUUACUACGGCAUCAAUGGAUUCUUGGGCAAUAUGACACUAAUCGGACUACUUGUGAUUGGAACCAAAUUAAUUGGUAAUGGUGAAAUAACUGUAGGUGAUUUAUCGAGCUUUAUGAUGUAUGCUGUUUAUACCGGUAGCUCAGUUUUCGGACUUGGUAAUUUUUAUUCAGAGUUGAUGAAGGGAGUUGGGGCUGCAGAAAGAGUAUUUGAAUUGAUAGAACUGAAGCCAAAGAUUACGACAACCUUAGGUAAAAAAGUAGAUGAUUUGCAUGGUGACAUCGCAUUUCGUAAUGUAAAAUUUAGCUAUCCAUCAAGACCGGACUCACCUAUAUUUGGUGGAUCAGAAUUAAACUUAACAAUCACCAAAGGCGAACAUGUUUGUUUCGUUGGGCCAUCUGGUAGCGGAAAGUCAAGCAUAUCUCAAUUAUUGUUAAGGUUCUAUGAUCCAACUGAGGGUACAAUUACGGUGAAUAACCAUAAUAUCAAAGAUCUCAAUUUGAAUUUCUAUAGGUCUCAAGUUGGGUACGUACAACAAGAGCCAUUACUCUUCAGUGGAACUAUACGAGAUAAUAUAGUGUUUGGCAGAAUGGGUAGUAAUGAAGAUGAAAUAAUAGAGGCUUCAAUGCUAAGUAAUGCCUAUAAAUUUAUUGAGGAAUUCCCGGAUAAGUUUGAUACGGUCAUUGGUCCUACAACCAGCGGUGCUGCUCAAUUAAGUGGAGGCCAGAAGCAAAGAGUAUCCUUAGCAAGAACAUUAAUUAAGAAGCCUGAUAUUUUAAUUCUUGAUGAAGCUACGUCUGCAUUGGAUUCUCAGCUGGAAGAGAUAGUCAUGAAGAAUUUAAAGAGACUAUCAAAAGAUAUGCAUGUGACUAUUAUACUGAUUGCACAUAGACUAUCGACUAUUAGGAACAGUGAAAGAAUAAUAGUAGUUAAUUAUCGAGGUGAAAUAGUAGAGGAUGGUAAAUUCGAUGAAUUAUACUAUAAUUCUAAUAGUGAGUUGAACAAGUUGUUGAAAGCUCAUGAAUUGCAAUAA